GCCUUCCCUUCAAUUCAAUUCCUGGUCUUCGCGUAAUUCCUAUCCUUCUAGACCAGUAACGCGAAGAAGCAACUGGGUGGACCCAACGCCAGCGCGACCGAGAAGCAGAUAUCAGUCACAAAUUCUUAUCCUACCCCGCACGCCAAACAGAAAGUCGAAAGACGCGAUCAAUCAGACGAGAUGCUUCCUCCGUCUUCCGCUUCGCUACACAAGCGGAAAAGACUGUCCGGCGACGCCGCGGCCGCGCCGACAUCAUCCCCCGCCGCCGGGCCCGCCGUGCCUCCAUCCAAGAAGGCGAAGAAGUCCUCGGAUCCCGGGUCCAGCCAGGCAGAUAGAAGCAACCCGUCCUCCGGAACCGCACCCGCGAACGCUGCGAGCGCUGAGUCCGCGACCGCAGCCGAGAUCGCAGCAUGGUUCAGCCAGGAGCCGCCCAAGAAAGGAAAACAUGGAGCCGCACACGGGCAGGUCGGACACUUUGGGAAACACGAGUCGAAGACGAUGGAGAAGUUCAAGAAGGAUUUCUGCCGGACCCACGACAUCGAUGACGAGCUGUUCAACCAGAUGGUGCAGCACUCGGACCGCGACAAGGAGCCCUUCCCCUGCGACACCGUCGAGAAGAAGGACAUGUGGAAGCACAUCUACGAGGCCCUGCCCACCCGCGACCGGCGCUCCAUCUACCGCUUCAUGCGGCGGCACUUCGGCUCGACCUCGCAGCGACCGCACGACUGGACGCCGGCGCAGGACAAGGAGCUCAUCCGGCUGUACCAGGAGUUCGGGCCCAAGUGGACGGCGAUCGCGAAGCUCAUCGAGCGCACGGACGACGACGUGUCGCAGCGGUGGAAGAACCAGCUGCAGCACCAGAGCACCAUGAACCGGGGGCCGUGGUCGGAGGCGGAGGUGCAGGAGCUGCAGCGGACGCUGCAGGACGUGUGGAACGCCAAGCAGGCCUCGGGGCAGCUGGACGGGCUGGGCCGGGACAUCUACGAGAUGGACGACACGAUCAUCCCGUGGGGGCAGGUCAGCGACCGGCUGAACCACUGCCGGUCGCGCCAGCAGUGCGGCGACAAGUGGCGCAAGGUGCGCCGUCGGGUUUCCUCCCUGCGCGAGAACGGAAAGCCCGACGCGAUCUACGAUUUGUCCGCCGAGACGAGGUACCGGAACUGGUCUGAAGCCAGGGGGUCGGAUCCGAAGGAUUUGCUGAAGCGGUACAAGAGUUCGAAAUACGUUCACUCGGAUGAAGAGGAGUCUGGGCCUGAUCCCCGACCUCAGCUUAAGGCCCAGAUGGAAGAGCGCAUGAAGACAAUGCUGGCCAAGAAGUCUGAGACCAAGAAGCCCGAGACGAAUAAGCCUGCAGCACAGAAGCCUGCGCCAAAACAAGUCGAAGCAAAGACGGCCACGGCGCAGAAGCCCGAAGCAAAGAAACCAGUGAACAAGAAGAUCACGUCGGUCUUCUCAGAUAGCGAGGGUGAGAGUGGGAGUGGGAGUGACGAAGGUAGCGAUACCGAUGAUAAUAGCGAGGACGACGGCGAGUCGAGAGAGGAUAGCCGCAGCACGACCAACAACCGCGAAGGGAACGGGAUUGUCAAGGUCGAACCGCGCACGUCUACGACUACGACUGCAUCUACGUCCGACGGCUCCGGAUCAGACUCGGGAAGCGAUAGCGACGGCGACUCCGAUGGCGAGUCUGGCUCGGACAGCGACAGCGACAGUGGCUCUGAGUCCAGGCCCGACAACCAGCAACCCCAAGAUCUCGCCGGUUCCCAGAGAAUCAAAAGGGAGCGUAGCAGUUCCAACUCCUUGACCGGCCGCAUGGACGUGGACGCGCCAGGUGACUUGGACGGAUCUGCGGAUCCCGGGGUGAAGCAAGAGCAAAGCUCUGUCAACAACUCCGACAGUGACGAGGAGGAGUCGGAUUCAGCUGAGGACUAGGUGCUUGAUUGUGUGGACAUGUUGGAGCAAUGUAGGGGAUGAUUGUACCGUUGGCAAUAUCUCGAGUGACCGGAUGGAUGGCGAUAGAGGAUCCGGACGGGGUACACACUCAUGUUCGUAGUAAUAUUCAUAGAUACCAUAUGAUUUCGGUCAAUAAUCA